AAUAAGCACACGGGCCAUUAAUAAGCUAAGAACAAGUGAUUGUAAACAUAAAUCUAGAUAAAAAAGGAAGAGUUUUUUUUUUUUUCUUCUUCUUUUGCCAUUAUUACUCCAUCAGUAAAAUGUCAAAACAAAUUGUAUACCGUAAUAGUGGUAAUAAAAGCUAUAAGGACAUCAAGUCGCGUGAGGAGCCGAUUCCAGAUAUCGAUGGACAUGAAGUAUUGAUCAAAAUCAAGGCUGUUACUCUGAACUACCGAGAUCUUGUGAUAGCUGAUGGUAGCUAUCCUGGUCCUGUCAAAGCAAACUAUGUGCCAUGUUCCGAUGGAGCUGGUGAAGUGAUCAAAGUUGGAUCAUCUGUACAAAACGUUAAAGUGGGUGAUCGAGUGGUUAUCCCAUUUUAUCCUACAAAUUUUUAUGGUGUUUCAAAGAAUGUGGGGAAUGGCACUGGCGCCGUUGUAGAUGGGGUGCUUCAGCAAUAUAAAACUGUUUUAGGAGAAAGUGUUGUAAAAAUCCCAGAUGAUACUCAUCUAUCUUAUGGAGAGGCUGCUUCUUUGGUAUGUACUGGUGUGACAGCUUGGAAUUCUUUAUAUGGUGCGAUACGUUUUACAGCUGGUCAAUCUGUUCUUCUUCUUGGUACUGGAGGAGUAUCGAUCACUACAUUGGUUUUGGCUCGUGCAGCUGGUGCAGUGACCAUCAUCACAUCUUCUUCGGAUGAAAAAUUAAAAUAUGUCAAGGAAAAAUAUGGGGUAGAUUACACCAUCAAUUACAAAACGCAUCCUGAUUGGGAAAAAGAAGUGCUUCGAUUAACUAAAGGCGAAGGUGUGGACUUUGUGAUUGAAAAUGGUGGGGCUGGUACCAUUGCUAAAUCCAUUGCGUCCAUCAAACGUGGAGGUCAAAUAGCCAUCGUCGGUUUCUUAGCUCAACCCACCGAGAUGCCCAAUGUGACUUCCUUGGUAUUAUCCAAAUCUUGCUCCAUCAGAGGGAUUUCUGUUGGCUCUAAGCAACAAAUGGAAGAAUUGGUUCAGUUUGUCCACGUCAAAAAAUUACACAUGCCUGUGGAAAAAGAGUUUGAUUUUUCUGAUGAUCAAGUACAAGCUGCAUUUCAAUAUUUGGGAAGUGGGGCUCAUGUUGGCAAGGUGAUCAUUAAUGUAGAUUAAAUUCAUAUGAUCAAUAAAAAAAUUCAUUUUCUUCCAUGCAUUAGCC